ACUAUACUUAUUGUCACAAUGAGACCUUAGGAGUUUACCUUAAACUGUGCUGGACUAUGCUGUGUUGAAAUAAAUACAAGUACUUCAAUCUGUGAAAAGACUUCAUGUUAUGAAGGUAGUAACGGGUAUCUAAAUGCGGACGUAACAUAAAAAUAUCGACAUCAACAUUAACGUAUCAUCAACUUAAACGUAGCAUCAACGUUAACGUAUCAUCAAUUAGGGAGCAGAAUGUAGCAACGAUCUUUCCGUUAGAAAAUCCAGCUUACUUCGAUACGUCCUGUUUUGAUAGGAGACCGUUAAUUCAUUUUGGCAACAUUCAAAAUGUGGCGCCUCUCAAAAUAUUUACGUUCAUUCAAAUAUAUUUUCAGAGGAUGUAUUAUAAUUACAAUCGUUUGUGUCGUUAUUGAGUUGCUUAUUAUCAACACUUUUAUUUUAUUUUCGUUAAUGCAAGUAAAGCAUCUGAUCAGUGAUUUUUCGUCAUCACGUCUGUCAAUUAUGGACACUCUUGCCGGAUAUAACGCAUUCCGACACAUUGUCGCCCAAGGAAAGAACGAAGGAUUUAAAUAUCUCAUUGACAACACUAUUGGGAGGAUUUAUAUGGAGCAUGAAUCAGAAAACUGUGGAAAAACAAUCAGCAGACUGGGGUUUGAUGUGUCUAGUGCAGGCGAGUUUCUCUUCAUACUUCAACAGAUGCAACGUCAGAAAUCCGAGCCAUGGAAAAAGCUAGUUGUGGACAUUGGGGCAAAUGAUGGGCUGAUGUCCAGCAAUUCGUUUAACUUCAUACAAGUGGGUUGGAGUGCCAUUCUAGUAGAACCUCAGAUAGACCAGCUGGAUAUAGCGAAGAAAAACCAUAACGGACUGACCAACCAGCAACAAGACCAGAGUGUCCAGUAUGUUCAUGCUGUGAUAAGUGAUCAUGAUGGUCAAGAAAAACUUCAUGUGUCAGCAGAUUUGGUUGCUAUGGAAAGCAGAAUAGUAUCCGAAGAAGAACAAGACUCAAACUAUGUAGAGGUUCCGAGUUAUUCAGUGAAGACGUUUGUUUCAAAGUACAAAGUUCCAAAACAUUUUGGAGUGUUGUCUAUCGACAUGGAAGGAAUGGAAGACAAGAUCAUACGUCAGUGGGUAGAACAUGGAUUCCGACCAAUGUAUAUUAUACUAGAAUUCUUGCACAGGACUCGCGAAAGUCAGGUUGCUAUCACAAAUCUUCUUAUUGAGAAAGGCUACACCUUAUUCGGAAUAAAGGGAUUCAAUUUCAUAUAUGAAUAUGAUACGAACUUAAUCGAUAAAGAUGAUAACUAGUUGUUUUUCUCAUGACCAUUGAACUGAUAUUGUUUCGCUUAUUAAAUAGUAUACAUGUAUGGUUCCCUUUUCCAUGUAUUACAGUGAUUUUAUAAUGAAAUACUAUAAUUUUUAGAAUUUGUUAAUAUUUGCUUUUCGUUUAACAC